CCUCUCGGAUUCGGCCCAUGUGUAACAGAACCCCGAGAUGUCCAUGCUUGCUGAGCCUCGUCGAAAGCAGAAGUGGUCUGUGGACCCGAGGAACAGCACGUGGAGCAGUGAUGACUCCAAGUUCGGGCAGAAGAUGCUGGAACGAAUGGGCUGGUCUAAAGGGAAGGGUCUUGGCAAAAGUGAGCAGGGUGCUACAGAGCAUAUCAAGGUUAAAGUGAAGAACAACAGUUUGGGUUUAGGCACCUCAAUCAACCACGAGGAUAACUGGAUUGCUCAUCAGGACGAUUUUAAUCAGCUUCUUGCCGAACUGAACAACUGCCAUGGGCAGAACAGCACUGAAGAGCCGUCCCCAGAACAGACACAAGGUUUCAGCUUGGAGGAGAAAUCCAAGACGUCUAAAAAAAGGGUCCAUUACAUGAAGUUCACCAAAGGGAAGGAUCUGUCCAGUCGCAGUGAAACAGACCUCGCUUGCAUCUUCGGUAAAAGAGCCAAACAGAUGAGAAAUCAGGAUGAGGCAAGCAACAGUACCGAUUCUCAGGAGGAGAACGAGCAGGACGGCGAUGACAAGGAUGGUCCAUCAAACCCCGAGGUGGAACUCAACACAGUGACCAGUGCUCUGACCAUGCAGGAAUACUUUGCUCAGCGGAUGGCACAAUUAAAGAAAGGUCGCGCUGAGAACCAGUCCUCUGUUCCCAUUCCUGAAACCAACGGUGACCUGCAAUCCCAGUCAGCGACACCAAAAUCCACAGAGGACUCUCCCAACACCAGCGACAUGGAGGAAAAAGAAAAAAAAAGAAAGAAAAAAAAUAGAAAGAAUGACCAACACGGCGACGAGGAAAGGGUGGAAGAAACUGAUGAAGCCCCAGUGACAGAAGAGAUUACUGUUGUAGAGCAGGCUGACUCGGACAGCAAGACGAAGAAGAAGAAGAAAAAGAAGAAAGAGCGACAAGCUAGAGUGGAGGAGUGCUGUGUCCCAGCAGCAAAAGAAGACCCCACUGGGGAUAUACUGGCCCUUUCCACAGAGAAAAAGAAGAAAAGGAAAAACAAAGAAACGCCUACUCACACACCUACAGAUUCAAUUAACGAAGACGAUAAAGCAGAUAACGUCAUAGACACUGAGGUUUUGGAUAAAAAGCGAAAAAAGAGGAAGCGGAAAGAACAAGAGGAAGAGCAGACAGAAGUACUAGCAGAAAUGAAAUCCAAAAAGCACAAGAGAAGAAAGACAAAUGACAAUUAGGGAAUUAUACUUGAUUGGGUUGAGGUGUGUCUGUAAUUCAAUAAUAGGAACAGCAGCAAUUGAGCUUUUUAAAAAAAUUUUUUUUAGCUCAUUCUGAUUGUCUUAUCAUGGAAACCCAUUUCUAAGCAAAACAUCUAAUCAAUUGUAUUAAUCUAUGUAUUAGCGCAUUUUUAUUUCAUCAUUGCAUAUGAACAUUAAGUUACACCAUGUGGACAAACAGCGUCACUCAUUGCAAGUCGCCUUAAAUGUCUCAGUAAUCCCAAAUCUUAUUCUCAAAAGAGAAAUGCAACCCCUCUUAAAGGUUUUUUUUUUUUUAAAUCAUAAAUCACUGCCUAUGUCUUAUUGAAUGUCUAUAGGCAUAUGGGAAGAGUGUCAUAUCAGUGCAGCGAUCUGAAUCAAUUUUCAGUUUUCUUUGUUUUUAAAAUAGUCCUGCAUCCUCUUUCUUACUGUCAUACUCUCCCUCUUCCUGGUGUGAUGUAUGAAGCUUCUGAUGGAUUGUAGCCCACACCUAAGUGUUUAAAAAACAUACCUCACCCAUGAAAAGCUGAUGAGCAGUCAAAUUAAAAUGUAAGACUGGUGUUUUAAGUGGACAUUUUUUCCGCUAUGGACCGCACAAAUGUGAUGCUGAAUUCAAUCGUCUUUCCUUAAUUUGACUUUCAAAAUGUAGUUUCUUUGAAUGAUGUUGGUCAGUGAUAUUUAUGUAUUUACAGGCCCACUGUUUAUAAUGUCCAGGCCUUUAAUUAGCUUAAUAUCUCUGAUUUCACCAAUGAUGAAAUAGGCCUAUUUCACAUGUCAGUGGAUGUCCUGGGUCUAGGAUUAAUUCCCUGGUUGUCCCUCAGUGACUCACCUGGGUACUUAUAAGAUGAACUCUGCUAUGCUAUGGUGCUAUGAUUUUAAAUUGUAUGAAUUUUACACAUGGGCUAAUAAAAUGAAAUGUCAACCAG